CGAUCAGACAGGAUCCGGUGUAAUCGAGCACAUGGAUAGGCGAUUUUAACCUACGUGGAUGAACAUAUUUAUGAAUUUCAGUAUUUAAACUGAAUUUUUACGUAUAAAAAUGAUUUAUAAGCUUACAAUUAAUCCAAGAAACCCUCCAACAGAUGCACUGAUAGUAGCAGAAGUAGUUAAAUCUCGAAAUAAAGAAACAAUCGAGGUAGUUUGGUGCAAUGAUUGGAAAGGCAAUGGAAAUGUCCAGUUAACGGAUAGCCAAGGUAAUGUGCUAGGCGAAAGGAGCAAUGAUGUUGGUCGUUACUUUGCUAGAACUACACAUACAGAUCUUUAUGGUGGUGUCAGUCCUCGUGAAAAAACCGAAGUUGAUCAUUGGUUGUCUUUUACAAUUGGAUUUUUAGAAUCUCUUCCAUUAAAGGAGAGUGCAUUGCAAUAUUUAGAUAAUGCAUUAAUGACAACCACUUGGUUGGUCUCUAAAAAAUUAACAUUAGCCGAUAUCCAUGUAUUUUGUGCUCUUUUGGAUAAGAAAUUUUCUCCAAAGUUUGAGAAACAAUUUGCCAACAUAAGUAGAUGGUAUAAACAGAUACUUUCAUUGCCUGCUGUUGUAGAGGUAUUGUCCUCGAUUAAAAAGAACGCCAAAAUGUCUGUUCCAAAUGAUUUGCAAUCUGAAAAGAUUGCCAAGAAACAAAUUGGACAAAGAAAGCAAGAAGGGAAAUUCAUUGAGUUACCUGGAGCAGAAAUGGGUAAAGUUGUAGUGCGUUUUCCACCAGAGGCAAGCGGUUACCUGCAUAUUGGUCAUGCCAAGGCAGCUUUGUUGAACCAGUAUUAUGCGGAAGCAUUUAAAGGGCAACUUAUUAUGAGAUUCGAUGAUACAAAUCCUGCAAAAGAAAAUGUAGAAUUUGAAAAAGCUAUUCUAGAAGAUUUAAAACUACUGCAAAUCAAACCAGAUCGAUUUACACAUUCUUCUGAUUACUUUGAUAUAAUGCUGGAGUACUGUACUAAAUUAAUAAAAGAAGGAAAAGCAUAUGUGGAUGACACUCCCGCUGAAAUAAUGAAGGAACAACGUGAUCAGAAAUUGAUGUCAUCGAAUAGAAAUAAUUCCGUUGAAAAAAAUCUGAAAAUAUGGAAUGAAAUGCAACAGGGUACUUCCAAAGGUCAGGAAUGUUGUGUAAGAGCAAAAAUUGAUUAUGAAUCAGCAAAUGGAUGUUUACGAGAUCCAACAAUUUAUAGAUGCAAACCAGAGCCACAUCCUCGAACGGGAACAAAAUACAAGGUGUAUCCAACAUAUGAUUUUGCUUGUCCUAUCGUUGAUGCCAUUGAAAAUGUUACACAUACGUUACGUACAACAGAAUAUCACGACAGAGAUGUUCAAUUUUAUUGGAUAAUCGAUGCCCUGGGAUUGAACCGUCCUUAUAUAUGGGAAUACUCUCGCUUGAACAUGGUUAACACAGUUUUGUCUAAAAGAAAACUAACUUGGUUCGUUGAUAAAGGUUUGGUCGAUGGGUGGGAUGAUCCGCGUUUCCCAACAGUAAGAGGAAUUUUAAGGAGAGGAAUGACUGUCGAAGGAUUAAAGCAGUUUAUAAUUGCUCAAGGUAGUUCACGGUCUGUCGUUUUUAUGGAGUGGGACAAAAUAUGGGCAUUUAAUAAAAAAGUAAUCGAUCCCAUUGCUACUAGGUAUACUGCUAUGGAUUAUGAUAAACUUGUACCAGUAUAUAUAGAUAAUGCGAAAGAAGGCUGGAUGACUGUUCAGAAUCAUCCAAAAGAUCCAUUAAAAGGUACUAAACAAGUGUUAACAAGCUCAUUAUUGUACAUAGAAAGAGAUGAUGCAGAUAUGCUAGUCGAAGGUCAAAAUACAACCUUCAUUAAUUGGGGCAACAUAAUAAUAAAUAAAGUUGAAAAGGAGAACGGUGUUGUUAAGAAAGUGUUAGCACAAUUAAAUUUAGAGAAUAAUGAUUAUAAAAAUACAUUGAAAAUCACAUGGUUGGCAAUGCCUUCUGAUAAAACUGACAGUGAUAUUAAUACGGUUAAACCAAUCUCAUGUUAUGCUGUUUACUUUGAUCAUAUUAUAAAUAAACCUGUUUUGGGAAAGAAUGAUGUUUUCACAGAUUUUGUUGCAAAAAAUACAAGAACCGAGGUACAAAUGCUUGGAGAAAUGGAAUUGAAAUGUGUGAAAGAAGGAGAAAUAAUUCAAUUACAAAGGAAAGGAUUCUUUCGAUGCGAUGUGCCCUAUGCGCCAGCCAGUCCAUUUUCUUCUAGGGAACAGCCUUUAAUUUUAUUUCAUAUACCGGAUGGGCAUUCUGUAAACACAACAAAAUCUGCAUCGACGGAUACUGCUACACCAAUCAUUUCUACGAAAGAGUCCUCUCAAAAAAAUGAUACGGUGCAAAAUGCAAAUCUACUGAAUAAAAGUAUUAUUGAUCAAGGCGAGAAAGUACGUAAUUUAAAAUCCAAAAAAGCAGAUAAAGCUACAAUUGCCGCAGAAGUAAAAAUUCUUCUGAAUUUAAAGGCUGAUUAUAAAACGUGUACUGGAACAGAUUGGGUACCAGGAAUGGCUUCAGAUAAUACGCCACAAACAACGUCCAUAAAUUCUGACAAAAAAAAAUUAUCCCAAGACACGCAGCAAGAAAGUAAAGUCAAAGAAUUACAGCUAAAGAUAAAUCAAGAAAUGCAACGUCUUUCUGAUUUAAUGGCAAUAUAUAAAAGUAAGACAGGUGUCGAUUGGGUAGAAACAGAAAAUAAAAAUGUAUUGACAGAAUUGAAAAAAGUAAAGAAAGUAGACACGAAUUCAUCGAGUACUGCUAUGCCACCAGGACCUCAAGAAGCAUCGGCUGAUACAACAAUUAAUAGCGAACAAAUAUCUAAGGAAAUAGAGAAACAAGGGAACAAAGUAAGGCAGAUGAAAGCUUCGAAAGCAAAAAAAGAUAUAAUUGAUCAAGAAGUGAAGUUACUUUUAAAAUUGAAAAGUGAUUUCAAAGCUGCAACUGGCGAAGAAUGGAAACCGUCUACUACUCCAGCAACUAAUGUAAAGAAAGAAGAAAUUAAUGUCGAUAAACUCUCAGAGAGCAUACAGAAACAGGGAAAUGAAGCAUUAAGUGAUAGGACAUCUAAAAAGAAGAAAAAAGAAGAUACUUCUAAGACUGGAAAACAGAAGAAUGAUUUGAACAAAGAAACAGUUAAAGCGAAAAGUGUAAAAGAUUUAGAUAUUGAAAAAACUGGAACGAGAUUAGGAAUAGAAGCAAAGAAAGAAGAAAAUUUCUUUAAAUGGUAUUCUCAAAUUAUUACUAAGAGCGGUAUGAUCGAAUACUACGACGUGUCAGGCUGUUAUAUACUUCGUCCAUGGAGUUUUGCUAUAUGGAAAAUAAUAAAGGAAUACGUUGAUAAAGAAAUAACAGAAUUAGGCGUCCAAGAAUGUUAUUUUCCUAUUUUUGUUACACGUUCAGUGUUAGAGAAAGAACAAGCUCACAUAGCGGAUUUUGCACCUGAAGUCGCGUGGGUUACAAAGUGUGGAGAAUCAGACUUGGCGGAACCUAUUGCUAUAAGACCGACAUCGGAAACUGUAAUGUACCCGGCCUAUGCCAAAUGGUUAAAAUCAGGCGUCGAGUUACCUCUGAAACUUAAUCAAUGGAACAACAUAGUGAGAUGGGAAUUCAAAGACCCUAAACCGUUCUUACGUACGAGAGAAUUUUUAUGGCAGGAAGGCCAUACCGCAUUUGCCACUAAAGCCGAGGCAGAUGAAGAAGUAAUGACAAUUUUAAAUCUGUACGCCAGAGUAUACGAGGACUUGUUAGCAGUUCCUGUUGUUAAAGGUCGUAAAACUGAAAAAGAAAAGUUCGCCGGUGGCGAUUACACCACCACGGUCGAGGCUUUUAUCCCAACGAACGGUCGUGCGAUACAAGGAGGAACCAGUCACCAUCUUGGACAAAAUUUUUCUAAAAUGUUUAAUAUACAAUUAGAGGGUGCCGUAGAAGGAGACGAGAAGACAUUCGUCUAUCAAAAUUCAUGGGGCUUAACGACUCGAACAAUUGGAGUUAUGAUAAUGGUUCACGGAGAUGAUAAAGGUUUGGUACUACCACCAAAUGUGGCUUCUAUUCAAGCUAUCAUAGUACCGUGUGGUAUCACAGCAAAUACAACAUCUCAAGAAAGAGAAUUGUUGUUUAAGGAAUGCAACGCAUUAUUUCAGGAAUUGUCGACGGAUAAGACGCUCAGAGUAAAAGCUGAUUAUCGUAAAAAUCGUACACCAGGUUGGAAAUUUAACGACUGGGAAUUGAAAGGUGUACCUGUUAGAAUCGAAUUAGGUCCGAAAGACUUGUUAAAGAAUCAGGUCACAUUUGUACGCAGAGAUACUUCUGAAAGAAUUCAAGUCGAUAGAUUAAAUGUGCUUACAGCGUUACGUACGGUACUGACUAAUAUACAAUCAAGUCUAUUUUCCAAAGCAAAAAUAAAUUUAAACGAGCAUAUCAAAUGUGUAGACAAUUGGAAUGACUUUUGUACAGAACUCAAUAAGAAGAACAUGCUGCUAUCACCGUUUUGUGGAGACUGUUCAUGCGAAGAUAAUAUUAAAGCUGAUAGCGCACGGGAGGAGACUGGAGAAGAACCUGAAGCAUUGUCAAUGGGUGCAAAAAGUCUUUGCAUACCAUUUGAACAACCAACCACAUCAAAACCACUCGAUACACAAAACUGCAUUUAUCCCAGUUGCCAGAACAAACCAAAAUUUUAUACGCUUUUUGGUCGUAGUUAUUAGACUCCUUUAAUGAAAAAAAUUGAAAAUAAUUAACACACCGAAGAUGACUUCAGAGAAGACAAUUUUGGUAUAUAAUUUCAGUGAAAAGUGUAUUAUAUUUC